AUGUCUUCUGAAACUACUAAUUCCAAUGCUGCAAGCAGCCAGGAGGAUGGGGUUAAUGAUCUUCAUGAUUUGGAUAGUUCACUUGCUUCAUUUCCUAUUAAGCCACUUCAGGCAGUCAAAGGCUCUUUUGACAUUGGUGAAGGUGAGGGCGCCAAUGGUCCAAAUUGGAAAGGUGUUAUGCCAUUGGAAAGUAAUACAAAGUCAUCAAGACCCAUGUACCAAGAUACUGGAAGACAUGAAGGUGAGAAUUUUGGGCAAAGUGGCUCUUUCACAUGUCAGAUUAUUCUAGAGCUUAAAAGGUACUUGAGCAGUACACUAAUACCUGAUAGUGCCUUUUCUACUAACAAGGUUACUGGAGAUGGGGACAUGGACUUCCCACAGCCUAAAUUUCCAUCUGAAUGCAACUACAGUGGUCCAUUGUACCACCAGAGGAGAGAAGCAAAUAACACAUCUGAGGAUGCUUCAGAAGGAGCAGUUGUUCAGCGAGGACGAUUUAAGGUGACUUCAGCCGAUCUUAGUCCCAAGUGGCUUCAACGACGCGUAUUUGUGUUAUCUGCACCCAUAGGGGUUUUUUCUAGUAGUGAUAUAAGGGCUGCCUUUACUUCCUCACAUGGUAUCAAUUGCCAUAAGUUCCUGGAGCCUCGUGUUUCUUGCUGCGUAACUCAGAGCGUUCUUGUUAAGCGUGGAAGGUGGUUGUUCAAUAAGUUAGGUAUGGUGUUCUUGGUUGAUUAA